AACGUGGCCUUUCAGUCUUUUCGAGGUUAUUAGCUCUGUCUACCUCGUGAAGGAUAUAGUCGUGACAACGUACAAAUUGAAAGUCAUUCCUUUUUCAGCCAUUCUUGUAUUCCAUUCUCAGUUAAUACUUUAUCUUACCAGUAAUAUGAGUCGUGCUAGCAACCAAAGCAUUUAAUUAUUUCGACAGGCGAAUUGUACGUUGGCGGUUAUGAAAAAUCACAACGCGAACAUUGUUCAAAGUUCGGUUUUAAUUUACAAUUGCUUAUAAUCAUACCGUCAGAUCCUAAACAUUUCGCGGAGAGAGCUGCUAUCAGAAACACUUGGGGUCGUCAUGCAAGAAAAUUAAAUGUUCCCACCCUAUUCAUUACUGGUGCUGUGCCAGAUUACCUUAAACCUAUCUUCGAAGUUGAAGAACAAAUGCACGGUGACAUUAUUAUAGGUCAUUUUGUUGACCAUUAUUUGACGCUUACUCUCAAAACUAUUUCAAUGGUGGAAUGGGUAAGAAAUCAUUGUCAUUUAGUCCCGAAAUUAUUGAAAGUCGAUGACGAUGUGUCGGUGAAUAUACCAAAACUAAUGGAUUUUGUUAUUAACAAUAACGCUUCAAGAACUAUGUGGGGGAACCUACAAGAAGGUAUUAGUCCCAGACGAGUAUACAAUUUGAAAUCAUACGUUUCAACUAAGCAGUAUCCUGGUAGGGUGUUUCCAAAUUAUUUGUCCGGUCCAACUUAUUUACUUACAACUGAUGUUGUAAAAGACAUUUUAGACGCAGCUCCCAAUGAGCCGUAUAUGCCUAUUGAAGAUGUAUUUAUUACUGGUGUGCUAGCAAAUAAAUUGGGAAUACAUAGAAAACAUAUUGAAGGAUUCUGUAAGGAUAAAACCAAUGACAUGUGCGAAGUUAAAUCAGCAAUUUCAAUACAUGGAGUAACACAUCGAGAACAAUUUGAGUUUUGGGAGAAAAUUGUCGAUGCAAAAAUGAAAUGUGAACCAGAGGGAAGUUAAAGUUUGGAGAAAUACAUUAUGUAAAUUUUUUGACAUACAAAUAUUAUAUAAUUAUGUUUAUAUCCCUUGGUAAGGUAGACAGAGUCGAUAAUCUUGCAAAGACAGAUAAUCCACGUGCAGCUGUUUGGCUAAAUGAUAAAAUUGAGAUUCAAAUAGUGACUGGUUGCUAUCCCAUCGCUUAAAAGAAGAAUCCCUAGUUUAGAAAGUCUAACGACAGAGGAAAGAGAAGGAUUGGUCGAAUUCUAUUAUUGUUAGUGCCGGGAACCACACGGCUCUAACAAAAUCGAGAUGUAUUAUCAAGGAUUUAAUAAAUAGUGAUGUGUAUAUUUAAUAAUUAAGACCAAAUCAUGCAAAAUCUGAAAAGGCAUUUCAAAGUUGAAGAAGUUUUGGAUAUAAGGCCAGGCGUGUAAGAUUUAACCAUAGAAGAAGAAGAACGAUGCGAUUUAGUUUUAACAAAACUGUAAGCUCUUUCUACCCCGCAAGGGAUAAAGACGUGAUUAUAUGUGUGUAUGAAUAACAAGAAGAAAAAUACAACUAGAAUUUAAACUAAGUAGAAACUUUUAUACAAUAUCGUCUUGAAAUUUCCCAGAGUUUUGUUACGCUUUGUUUAUUUGGAAAUCAGAUAUCGUUGAGAUGGCUUGUAACAGAAAAGCACUAGGCGUAUGAAAUUCACUUUUAUAAUGCAUACUUUUUUAGAUCGAGUUACGUUCUCUUUAGUUUUAUCUAGAUAAUAUUAAAGAAAUAUAUAAAAAAGAGAUUUUUCUUGACUCCUGCUCAUGUCAUGUAAGUUUUGUCAUUUGUCCGUUAAUAACUCAAAGAUUUAGAUCUAAGGUUGUAAGAUGCAUGUUUAAAACCUGCAAUAUUAUGUUCAAUAGUUGGAAGUUUACCAGGUAAAUUUUAAAACAACUUUUUAUCAAAGUACCUACAUUUUUUAUCCUGUAUUUCUGUAGCAACUUGUCACUAUCUGAAUCUUAAACCUGUAGCGGGAGCGAUGAUUCGGCUCGACCGCCACCAAAUAGAAGAUCUCCCGCCAGGCUAGGAGUUAUGCCUGAGGAACCGCGCGACAGACGAUGUUGUAUUUACCCUCCAAUCCGUGGAAACUUCGUAAUCGCGAUUUAGACUCUUCGCUGCUUGUUGAGCGUGUCUUCGCUAUGUUUGACAAUUGGUGUGUAUCUUUAGUGAUGUUGCCAGAAACCCAGUUGAACGUGUAGUCUUUCAGUCUUUUUAAGACUGUGGGCUAUGUCUACCCCGUAAAGUAUUUGGAUGUGAUUAUAUGGACGUAAAUAUUAAAUCAACUGUGCUAUAAACUAGUUUUACUUUGAUAUCCUGUUAUCCGUUUAGGAGUGUAACUUGGUUAUUCCCUAACAGAAUAAACAUUUAUUUGGUGUGUUUUUGUUAUAUUUUUUAACUAAUUUCCAGGUCGGAGUGUUAAAUCAUCAUUUAAUUCUGAAAUGCGUUCAUACUUACGUAAAUUGAUUGAAAAAAUAAGUGCAGCUCUCCUGCUUUUGAUGAUAUUACUUUUGCUCUUUAACUCAUCAAGAAUAACUAAGAGACCAGUUCUAACAAGCGAAAUUUACGUCGAAGGACAUGACACAAUCCAUAGAGAACUCUGUCCACUCUUAGGUGCUAACCUGCAAUUAAUCAUACUUGUAUCUUCAGAAACCUCACAUAUAGCAGAAAGAAUUGCAAUCAGAGAUACUUGGGGUCGCUACAGGUCACAAUCAAUUCCAGUUAUAUUCUUUCUCGGUAAAGUACCAGAACAUAUCAAAAAACUGAUCGAAGUAGAAGAUGCGUUAUACGGUGAUAUCAUAAUCGGCCGGUUUGAAGAUUCUUAUGCAAAUUUAACGCUGAAAACUCUAUCUCUUCUUGAGUGGGUCGACAAAUACUGCAAUCUUGUUCCUAAUAUCGUUAAAACCGAUGAUGACAUAUUCAUAAACGUACCUAAAUUAAUGAAUUUCAGUCAAGAUCCUGCUAUAGUUAACGCUUCUAAAACAAUAUGGGGUAAAAUUAAUAGAAGAGUGAAACCGGACCGCAAUACUUAUUCUAAAUAUGAAGUACCUAUUGAACAGUAUCCUGGAAAUAGAUUUCCAGAUUUCGUAAGAGGUGCCGUGUAUUUGAUGACCACUGAUAUGAUAAGGGACAUGUUAGUUAUAGCUCCCAAUGAAUUGUAUGUGAGACUUGAAGAUGUUUUCGUGACAGGAAUACUGGCGUCUAAACUUGAUGUUGAACGGGUGAAUGUUGAGGAAUUCUGUGCUCACGAUGUGGAAGAUUUGAGAAUGUCGAAAGAAAAAAUUGGUUCACUAUUGUUUGACAUAUCUGAACAGUUCUAUUGCUGGAAAAUUUUUAAUGCCAGUUCUAAGUUAAAAUUUGAUGUGGUUUUAAUGUUAAUAGUAAUUGCUAUAUGUGGUUUUAGAAUAGUGUCUACUGUUUAUUGAUUGUAUGCUAUUCUGGGGGCUAAAAUAUUACGGUUUAUUGAUUGUACCUAUGCUUA